CCUAAGCAGAAAGCUCAACACAUCCGUUUCUUUAUAAAAUCAGCGGCAACCGAUUUAAAGCCUGACUGACACACCGAUGGGAAUAUCCCGGGAUCAAGUUGUACUUAUCGGACGUUUAUGGCCAAUGUUGUCAGCCCGACAUAAUUGACAAUCUAAAGAGGUCGAUCCAGCCGUUCUCCAAAUUACAUCACAACACUACCACCAAAAUCUAUCAUCACUGCAGACUAUUGCACUAGACGCCCCUUCAAAGAUCACGCAUUCAUCAUACUACACGCGGUAAAUUCUAUUUGGGCCCGAAUGGUUUAUCUGCGGAAUUGCAUCAGCUUUUCGAUUGAAGAGCGUUCAUUAUAAAACUGGUUCGCGUUUCACGACUCCGGGUAGAGGGUAUGACUAAACUUUAACACCGCACCUUUAUACUUCGUCUUCACAAAAACGGCAGUUGCAUGGACCUGAAAAACCACCGGCCUCUCACAUUAUUGACAACGAUGCUAGUGUUGGCCACAAAGCUUCGGCUCAUACCAAGAUCAGAUUUUACCUACGUUGCUGUAAGAAGACCAAUUUCGAUUUGUGCCUGGUAGAGAACUCCGACGUGCGAGACAUUUUCUUCUAGAAUUCGACGCCAUUGCAACAGGGACGCCAGAUUUGGACAAGCACUUCGACAAAGGUUUUCAGAUUUUAGCGGAACUCUGGUGAAUGCCUUGACAAUAACUCUUGCUCAGACUAUUUCUGCUUCGGGCAGGACUUAGGCUAGGCAAUUUCCAUUCGGCAGAAAUCUUUGAAUUGCUUGUUGAAUAUAGAUUUGCACCAUCAAUUUUUUUAUUAACUCGUGUGGAGGGUAUGAGUUAAGUUUGUUAUCUGCUUCAAAAUACAAAGGGCCGAUAUCUCAGCUGCUGAUUACGUUGCGUGAAUUCCAUUUGCAAAUUUCUGAGAGAAAUUCCUCCAGCUAUAUAAAGGUUUCUACCGGAGAUCAUGAGGGGAGACUUACAACCUCCAUUUAGGGGUAAGCAUUUUUUAUAGAACCAGAACUGUGAAAAAUUUACUGCCUUCAAGCCUCUUCGAAGCGAUCUUCACAGGGUAGUCCUUCCUCAGUAAUUUCGCUGCAUUGUGAGAAACACAGGACAAAUUAUUUGUCACUUCAAGGCCAGUUCCGUUAUGACUUACAGUCACCAGAUUCACGGCAAAACGCAGCUGCGUUUAGAUCUCACCGAAUCAAGCACAGACUACGCUUCCUGCUCGCUGAUAAUUUCCGCCAGUUCUGGCAAGCAACUAGCUUAGAGCUUUAUUUUUCAUUGCACCUUAAAUACAAUCUGGGAAUUGAUACAAACAGUAUUUUAUACCUGUCUCAGCUGAGAUGUACUCUAUAUACCGCGAUAUACGUUUACUAUUAUCUGUCUUAUCCUAGACCCGCGGCUGACUGCCGCCCAUCUCUGUUUAAGGUAUUAGCAAGAUUUUGGACGGAUAGAUCUCAUCUUCUGCAUUGAUGCUACAGCACACCUCCAUAUGUGGACCUCCAAUAGUGAAAUCUUUUAUGUGGAACACCAGCAUUUUGCACCGAUUUUUGUAUUGGUUUUUGUAUGCUACCUCUAUUGGUGGGAUCUUUGGAACUGGAACAAAAUCUGUGGUCACAAAACACGGGAUUUUCCUCAUUUCUGAACUCUUGCUGGACCGUGAUCGAUAGUUUUGGAGGCAUACAACCAUGGGCGGAGGCCAGCGACUGCUUGAUCUGGAAGAAAAACGCCGAAUACAAGUACAUGUCAAGCGCAACACGGGUACCAAGCUGUUCCGACUUUAAGAAUGGUUCGAGUCAAGUUCAAGGUCAAUUAAUCGUGCACGACGGUGCAUCGCAUCAUCCAUACGCCAGAAAAUGCAAUCGGUGGCUCUUAAGGCCGUAAAAAUAGUUGCAGUGUUCGGUUUCCUGUGUUCGAGUCGGCUUUUCUUGCGCUGUACAAAAAUAAUGACGGCAAGACCAUCCUCUCGGACGAUCUCUUGAUCGAAGAGGCUCGCUCCAUUUGAGACAGACUUGACAUCACGGAUGCCGAACUCAGUCUGUCUAACGGGUGGCUCCACAGGUUCAAGACACGCCACGGCAUCAAAUUGUGUACACUGCAU